AUGGAAACAGACCCACUUGACAAGAGCAUUGAAGAUGCUUUCAAAACUGUAGAUCUUCCGCCAGGUGCAUUGGAGAUCAUCAAGUUUGAGGUUCGCAACCAGGACCCUGAAGACCCGGUUCUGGUGCUCUGUUGGGAUCAAGUUGGUCUAGCUGCCAGAGUUGUGAAUGGAGAUGCACAGAGGGGCUCCAUUGACUUGAUCAAGACUACCAUUUACAACUUUAUUACCAGUCACAAUGGAACACAUCUAGGAUCCCAGAGUAUCUUCAAGUUCCAAACAGAGCUGAUGAAUGACUGUCUCGACCAAUUGAAGACAUUGCAUCAUUGGACCGUCCACGGUGCCAUCCAAGCCUUUCAAUUACCUCCCUUCAAUAUUCCCGCUACUCCAAUUGCGGACAUGUAUUCUGUUCGCAGAAGUGAUACCCUCAACGCUGGUGCUCCAAACAUUACCUGGAACUUCAGGGUCUGA